UCUGCUGCCUCGCCAACUUGACAGUUUUACGUGCAGUAGAGAUACUGGAUCCACACCAACGUGUCCACGUACAAAGAUAAAACACUUUCUAUCUUCUUCCCCCACGGAAAUAAGCAAAACCAGCCAACCACCAAAAUAAAACUACUUGCAAUCCCAUCAUCGUUUUGGGGGUAGUGGUACUGAUAGUCUAACCUUGUAUGUAAGAAACUAGUCCAUAUCAAGUUCUUCAUCCAAAACUGAAAUAAUAUUACUCACUUUCUUACAAAUCACUUCUACAAGCUAUUACUACUACUAGUAAUAUAUACUACCAGUUAGAAUCAAUGAAUAUGAUGAGUUCAACAAGGAAAGCGUGGAUGGUUGCUGCUAGUGUUGGUGUUGUUGAAGCACUGAAAGAUCAAGCUGGAAUGUGCAGAUGGAAUUAUGCUAUAAGAUCCAGCCACCAAUACACUAAAAACAGAGUCAAGUCGUCUAUUUCUCGAGCAUCUUCUUCAUCUAUGCCAGCUUCCUCUGUUAUGAUGAUGAAGCAGCAGAGAAAUCAUGAAAUGAAGCAAUCUGAAAAAUCACUUAGAAGAGUCAUGUAUUUGAGCUGUUGGGGACCCAAUUGAAAUAAAACCCUAUAAUUGCCCCAACUCUAGCUAGGAUCAACUGGAAUGUGUAAUACCCUUAAUUAAUUGGGGCUUGUAUGUAUACAUAUUAAAUGAAAUUUUUGUCACAAAA